AUGAAAUUUGAUUUGUCUUUGUUUCAUUUUGAUUUCUCUGUUGUUCAUCGUUAUUUUUUAUUUUUUCAGUGUAUGUUUUCAAACACCUUAAUGAUUCGUUUUCGUUCUAAAAUCGGUACUACUUUCGUAAUUAAUGAAAUGAAAUUUUUGAGGAAUGAUUGUGAUAUAACGAAUUUAUCGUGUUUAAUAUUAUUCUGUGGACGUUCUUUCGAUUCACUUCAAGUGCUUGCCUGGCAUAUGAGUUAUGCACAUCAAGAUAUUAGUAUAAAUAGUAAGGCAAAUGCUACUUGUUUUCUGUGUGGCUUCAAAAUGUCUACUGCUAAGGUAAUUUUUGCCAAAAUGCCAGCGGCCAGCAUUACCCGGAUUUUUGCAGAAGUUUACUCCUGCGGGGAAUCGAACCUCAGCAUCAGCGCUCCCAAUUGA